AUGAUUGCAUCAAAUGAUGACCUCAAAAGAGGCGUCAAGGCCUCAGGACCGAUACCAAAUCCAUGUCUCUCAUACUGGCAACGAACAACACGAGCAUUCCCUCAUCUCAAUGCCAAUCGGGAUGAAAACGUCCCUAAUGAAUGCCUAUAUGUUAUCAUCGGUUCUGGAAUUUCUGGGGCAUUGACGAGUUUUGAGCUGACCGAGAGUGGGGUAAAUGGAAAGGACAUUAUCAUUCUCGAGGCAAGAGAAGCUGCAUCAGGAGCAAGUGGUCGGAAUGCCGGGCACGUAAGGCCAGAUGCGUUCCGUGGUUUCAAGCACUACUCAACAUUUCACGGCCCUGAACAAGCCUUAAAGAUCCUCGCCAAUGAACGCCUUGUUCUCAAUAAAGUCGAUGAAUUCGUCCGCAAACAUGAGGUUCAAUGUGAUUUCAAUCUGUCAACUACUUUUGACGUGUGCAUGACCCCGGAAUUUACCGCAUAUGAAGCAGAGGUUUUCGAAGCUUUCAGAAAAGCCGGUGGCGAUGUCUCGCACGUCAAGUACUAUGAUACGGAGGAAGCCCAAACUCGUACUAGGAUCAAGAAUGCUGUGGCUGCGUACGAAUGGCCCGCUGGGUCGAGCCACCCUGCAAAACUGGCUCAAUGGCUGUUGAACGCUGCAAUUGAGCGUGGAGUGACUCUCUUCACACAUUGCAGUGUUUCAAAAGUCACGAAACAUGACAACGGCGAGUCAUGGGACAUCCAUACUCCUAGAGGCAAUGUUACCACGCGCAAUGUGAUUCAUUGCACGAAUGCAUAUGCAUCACUCUUGCUGCCACAGCUAGAACCACAUUUGACUCCGAAUAGAGCGCAAGCACACUCGAUAAUCGCACCGCCCGCAUUUUCAGGACCAAACACGUUAGGUAGCACGUUCUCCUUGAGAUAUGACCUUCACCACUUUUAUUCUUUGAUUCAACGUAAAAACGACGGAACAAUGAUUUUUGGUGUUUCUCGAGGGAGCCCAAAUUUGAGUCCCGAAACGUUGAAAGGCUGCGUGACUUUCGAGGACAGAAGCUAUAAUGAGGAGAUUUUGAACGAGGCUUUGAAGCAGUGGCAAAUUUUGUUUCCAGGCAAGGAUCGAGAUAUUGCUGGAAGGGACGUGCAUGGUGAAGGAUUAGAUCAUGCGUGGACUGGAAUCAUAGGGAUGACUGCCGACUAUGUCCCUUUUGUAGGACCUGUAGAAGGUAUGAAUGGACAAUGGGUUUGUGCUGGAUUUGGCGGUCAUGGUAUUGUCAAAUUGAUUCUGGGAAAGGAGUGGGGCGAAACUGGACUUCCAGAGUGUUUCAACAUGAACAAGGAAAGGGCACUUAAACUCGCAUCGAAAUAA